AUGAAGAAACCCAGCAAAUUUGCUCAAUCGAGCUAUCACAAGGAGGGAAGAGACACGAGUACGCCAGUCGAGUCGAAGAAAGUCAACCCUAAUGCUCCGAAAAGUGAGUUCUUCACACAGUUAGUGGAAACUGGAAAACCAAAUUGGAAACUUGCACCAGCAGCAGUGAAGUCCAGAUAUAACGGUAUUUUCUUGGUGCUUUUCUCGAUCCCAUUUAUUCUUCUUCCUGGAUGGGAAUUAUAUAGAAGAUUGGGAGGAAAGUCCACGAAAAAAGUGCAACAAGGUGAGAUUGUUGAAGGUAAGCAGGUGAGAAAGUUUGACGAGGUAGAGAAGUGGCAAGUUGAGAAGGAAAGUUUUAUGUAUAAAAUUUUCGGACGGGACUUUUUCCUUGAUGGAUUUACCAGUAAAACCAUGCGUCCCGAAGACUCGAAGGAGUCUCCUAAGAGUUGA